AUGGCGAAGAAGGCGAUACAGAAGGACGUGAUCGUCAAGCUGAUCGUGGGCGCGGGCCAGGCCAGCCCGUCGCCGCCCGUUGGUCCGGCGCUGGGAAGUAAAGGUGUGAAGAGCAUGGAUUUCUGCAAGGAAUUCAACGCCCGCACAGCGCACUACAACCCCGGCACCCCCAUCCCAGCCCGCGUCACCGUCCGCCCCGACCGCUCCUUCCACUUCGAGCUGCGCACGCCGCCGACGGCCACGCUGCUGCUAGCGGCCGCGGGCGUCAAACCGGGCAAGAACAACAAGGUGCGCGGCGCGGGCAACACGGCGGGCCCCAAGAACAACGUCGAGGGCGCGACGGGCAAGGCCGGCUCGGGCAAGAACGUCGAGGUGCGUGGCAACAGCGGUACGGGCACGGUUGGCACGGUCAGCCUGAAGCACGUGUAUGAGAUUGCGAAGAUUAAGCAGGAUGAGGUGAGGUUGCAGGGCAUGGAUUUGCAGGCGGUGGUGAAGUGCGUUAUUGCGCAGGCCGGGAGUAUUGGGGUCGUUGUUGUGCCGUGA